UUUUUUUUCGCGAGGAGGAGGGAUCCGGUUACAACUUGUAACCGAACUCAGAAAACAAGCCUCUGAAUAAUUCACUGUUCCGAGCCUGAUACCGGACAACAAAAGGAGCGGCGCGGAGCUUUUCACGGCCGACAAACAAGCGGACAAACCGGCAGAAACAUGCAGUGAAGCGCCGCUCGGCCGCUGCCAGGAUGGAGACUUGAGCGGUUCUGACCCGGGCUAACUUGUCAUCUCGCUGGAUCGCUUCUCCCGUGUCAAAGCUGAAGAGGAAGAUUUAGACCAUGGACUCCUUCAGCACCAAGAGCUUGGCCCUGCAGGCGCAGAAGAAGCUGAUGAGCAAGAUGGCCACCAAGAGCGUGGCCAACCUCUUCAUCGACGACACCAGCAGCGAGGUGCUGGACGAGCUGUACCGCGUCACCAAGGAGUACACCCGCAACCGCAAGGAGUCCCAGAAGAUCAUCAAGAACCUGAUCAAGAUGGUGGUGAAGCUGGGCGUGCUCUACAGGAACAACCAGUUCAACAGCGAGGAGCUCAUCCUGGUCGACAACUUCAGGAAGAAGGUCCACACUCUGGCCAUGACGGCGGUCAGCUUCCACCAGAUCGAGUUCACCUUCGACCGCCGCGUCAUGAGCGCCAUCCUGAACGAGUGCCGCGAGCUGCUGCACCAGGCCAUCAAGCGCCACCUGACGGCCAAGAGCCACUCGCGGGUCAACCACGUCUUCAAUCACUUCGCCGACUGCGACUUCCUGGCGACGCUGUACGGCCCGUCGGAGGUGUACCGCGCUCACCUGCAGAGGAUCUGCAACGGCGUCAACAAGAUGCUCGACGAGGGAAACCUCUGACCUCCGUGCGCCUCGGCGUUCGGCACAUUUACCUCCAGUCGACCCCUCGUGCACCAGCUCGCAGGAAGUGUUUGUUUUUUUUAAGAUGACAAUCGUGAACAUUUGUACUUUUUGUUUCCGUGUGUGCCUUUCAGACUUUACUGUAACACUGAACUUCUCUUGGCUAGUUAGUCCAAAGUAUUCUCUUCUUCUCCAGCCUCACUUAUAACAAAACUCAGCGCUGUUGUUUUGUUUGUUCUUUUUUUUUUUUUAAUGAAUGUAAAACUUCAUGCUCUUAUCAGUAUAUUCAGGGGUAGGAGCUUUGACAACUGUGCCUUGAAAAAUGUAUUUUAUCCUCAUUCCAGGGGCUUUUCCUUCCUUCUUACUUAAUCAAAAAGACAUGAAGCCCGGCACAGGCCUUCAGCUGCAGCUCUGCGAGGUGCCUUUAAUGGACCAAAAUGGUUCUGGGAGCACCAGGAGAGGAGAGAAAGUGAAUUUCCAAUUAUUUUUUUAUUUCUUUUUUUUUUUCUUGUUGUUGUUCCUAAAAGUAGUAUUGCACUCAAUCCUGAACAAGCGCUGUACUGUACUCUCCUGCAGCAGUGAGACCAUGUGAAGCACAGCAGCUGAGUAAUCCUGCUUAGGCAGCAUUUAAAAGCUCCACCAUCAUGCACUGAACUCCGCUUUGUAGAGAAGCCAGGCUUUUGUCCGGGCGGCGCCUGUAAACCCAGUUUCGCCUCUAAUAGUCCGGUUUAUAGCCGCCACAACAAAGAUGAAGUAUUUGGGUCACGGGGGGACCGUAAACAUGAAGGAAUGCGACUGGGCUGCUCAUUGUUGAUUGUUUCGACUGGAACGUGUCGCCGGCUGCUCCGUCGUCCGGUCGGAAGGAACCGAACAACGUGGCACCAGGUGCGCAGGUUGCAUCGUGGCACGGGGGCAGUUAAAGACGGUUAAACCGGAGCCCGGGGUCGGCCGCGUUUAUCCCGAAAGCACGAAAAGUCGAGUUGAAAUUCUGACUGAUGUGAACUAGAAAGACUCCCCACGAGCAGCCAGAUGAAAGGCUGGACGCAAACGGCAGCUCGCCGUCUGUGCAAAGGCCCGGGCAGGGUUUAGAGAUUAGAGCAGAGACAAACACAGCACCUGAUUGUGCUCUCCCUCUGCAAUUAUAGCUCCCCACUCCGGGGCGGUAUAAUGGCCCGGAGGCUGCCUCCGUCGAGCAGCCACUCCAUUUCACCGCAUGGCAGCCCGGCGUAAAUGCGCCACGGAUAACCAUCUCUGUUUGCGUGAUGCGAGUCCUUUAAUGGAAUGAAAGAUGUUGUUGUGUUUCUUCCUUAUAAAGGAGCGCGUGAAUACUGGCCCUCUCCAGCCUCGCAUAAUAGCCGUCUUUCCUUUUUGUCUAUGUGUUUUUGUAUCACUGAGCCUGUCUGGGAGAUUGUUUUGUGCUGCGGCCUCAUUUUGUAUUCCGUGUGUGUGUGUGUGAGUGUGUGUGUGUGUGUUUGUGUGCGUACCUGUGAGAGAAUUGGAAAUUGAGCUGUGUAAUAAGCGCUGUGCUUUCCCAGAUAGGAUUGCUGAAACUUUAACUUCUUCCACAGCAGCUCUGCCAAAGAAAAAAAGAAAAAGAGGGAGAGAGAGAGAGGAGGACUGAUGUUCGUUAAAAUGCAGCCUUUUUCCAGAGAAGCACUUCAGAAAACACUUGAUAAUUAAAAAUAUCAGCGGUAAUGGCGGCGGCGGCUGUUGUGGGCUUUUUUUUUUAAUUCCACUUUUUCCCUCUCAGAUGACUUCCCUGAGUGUGUUCUCGUUCGUUAGACCCGUCGGACACCGACUGCAUCGUUUUGGAAGGCUUUGAAGUAAAUCCCUUCUCCUAAGUCCCCCCGAAAGAGUCGACUUUAAUUGUCUUUCGAUGCCAUUUCGUCCGAUCCGUCCACAUCUCAGGGCUACUUUAAAUCUCCCGUGACGUCCUAAAAGCGCCGUAAACCCUCUGCGACGGCCUCACUCGCUUCACUAAAGCUCUUUUUUUUUUUUUUACUAUUGUUUUUAUUUUCACUCAUGUACAUAUGAUUGUUUUUGUCUCUCUUAUUGUAUCCCAACAAAUAUAAUACAAAUUACUUUUUUAAAACAACAAA